GAUGAAAUCAAAGAAUCUUUUAUUUGGCUUAGAUUAAAACCCUAAUUGAGGGCCAGAUUUUAAUUCGUUUAUGGAAGAAGAAGAAGAAGAAAAAGAACCGGAAUCGAGAAGGGAAGAAGGGAGAAAAGGAACAAAAACUCCAAGAUCUGCAGUACUAACUUCCAUGUUCCCUUAAUCCCAAGAAAAAAAAACAACCAAAAUUUAUACAGGUGUUAAUAAGUUUUCCAUGGGCAAAAACCCCUUCUCAUUCCGGCGCCCCUCCAUUAGGCGACGGCGUCCGAAAUCCACGACGUCACCUCAAUCGCCUCCGCAUCCGCCGGCUAUUGAAGCCGUUUCUUCAUCUUCACAUCCGCCUCCUCGUACGGAUAACUUGAUUGGCGGCGGCGGCGGUGGGGUGGGAGCAGCGGGGAAGGGGAAGAAGAAGGCGUCUGGAGCAAAGCUGUGGAUGAGAUUCGACACAAGUGGGGUUUCGGAGCUGGUGGAAUACGAUAAGAGUACGAUAAUUAAAAGGGCUUCGAUUCCUGCUAGGGAUUUGAGGAUCCUUGGCCCUGUCUUCUCUCACUCCUCUACGAUUCUUGCCCGGGAGAAAGCCAUGGUUGUCAAUUUAGAGUUUAUAAAGGCUAUCGUUACAGCUGAAGAAGUUCUUAUACUGGACCCUCUACAACAGGAGGUUCUUCAAUUCGUGGAUCAACUAAGACUACAACUUCCUCACAGAAGUGCAUAUAAGACACGAGGGGCGGGCACAGGGGAUGUAAAUGAUAGCGAAACCCAUGUCUCAACUGGUGGACAGUGGUUGCCUGUUCCAGAAGCCAUGGAGGGCUUGCAGUGUGAGCUUCCAUUCGAGUUUCAGGUUCUCGAGAUAGCAUUAGAGGUUGUUUGCUCGUUUCUGGACAAAAGUGUGGCAGAACUGGAGAGGGAUGCUUACCCUGUGUUGGAUGAACUGGCCCGAAAUGUCAGUACCAAGAAUCUGGAGCAUGUGCGGAGUUUGAAAAGCAAUCUCACUCGUCUUCUUGCACGUGUACAGAAGGUGAGGGAUGAAAUUGAACAUCUACUGGAUGACAACGAAGAUAUGGCAAAUUUGUAUUUAACAAGAAAGUGGAUCCAGAAUCAGCAAUCAGAGGCUUUGUCAGGAGCUGCAGCCUCAAAUAGCAUCACUACUAUUUUGCCUCGUCUACCACGACUUAGUUCAAACAGGAGUGGAAGUAUGGUGAGCAGCCACAAUUUGGACGACGAUGAUGUCGAGGAUUUAGAGAUGUUGCUCGAGGCUUAUUUCAUGCAGCUGGACGGAACACGAAACAAGAUAUUAUCUGUACGUGAGUACAUCGAUGAUACAGAAGACUACGUUAACAUCCAACUCGACAACCAACGGAAUGAGCUCAUUCAACUUCAAUUGACGUUGACCAUCGCAUCAUUUGCCAUAGCCAUCGAAACAUUGAUAGCCGGGUGGUUUGGUAUGAACAUCCCUUAUACAUGGAACAACACGGAUGGGGUUUUCGAUAUCUUUGUGGGUUGUAUUACAGCAGGGAGUGUGCUGAUUUUCCUGCUUAUCCUCGGAUAUGCUAGAUGGAAGAAGCUGCUUGGUUCUUAAAACUGAUCUUCAUCAUCAACUAUGGAUAUGCGUUUUACCAGAGGCAUGCCAUUGUAGUAUAUUCAGAAAACAAGGAUAAUUUUUAUUAAAAAAGCUCUAUAAAUAGAGAUACAUGGUGGUGUUAUUAAAUAUUUUUGUUAAUUACAUGUUUAAUAUAUAUGGUAUUAAUUAAUGUUGAUGUGUUUCCCG